GGUUCGUGCAGUGGGUCGUUCAUUGUUCAGUGGUCUUUGCAACAAUGCUGAUGGUUUGAUGAGAUCAACACACGAGAUGAUGUGCAAUCAUUUGUUAUUCCAGCAACAAAGAACUUUCAUACAAAUGAGGACGAGUCUGAAAGUGGUAGACAAUUCAGGUGCAAAGAGAGUGGCGUGCAUCCAAGCACUAAAGGGAAAGAAAGGAGCAAGAUUAGGAGACACCAUAGUUUGCUCAGUGAAGGAAGCUCAGCCAGGUGGUAAGGUGAAGAAAGGAGAAGUGCAUUAUGGUGUUGUUGUUCGUGCUGCUAUGCCAAGGGGUCGCUGUGAUGGGAGCGAAGUAAAGUUUGAUGACAAUGCUGUGGUACUCAUCAACAAGCACGGUGAACCCAUUGGAACCAGAGUUUUUGGUCCAGUGCCCCAUGAGUUGAGGAAAAAGAAACAUGUUAAGAUUCUUAGUCUUGCAGAGCAUAUCGCCUAAUGUUUCAGCCUCUUGGUUAUUAUGUACCUUUACUCAAUGAUUAUUCAGUCGCGCGAGCCGAUUAGAAUACAGUUUUGAAUUUAUUGUAUUUGUAGGAACCUGUAGUUGUCCACAAGCUGUAGAACAUGUUUUUUUUUAUCAUCAUAAACCUUUUGACUUGUAAAUAUAAUUGUUGGUCCACAAGAUACAGUGCUCAAGGCACUAUGUCCACAAACUGACUUGAAAUAAAUACAUCACUAACACAAUUGUUGGACCCUUUGGAGUGA